AUGUCAGCUUUCCUGAAGAACACAUCCUCACCUUCCCUGACCUUCUUCCUUACCGGUGUUCCUGGACUAGAAGCUGCUCAUGCCUGGAUCUCCAUCCCUUUUUGCUGUCUCUACAUAACAGCCCUCUCUGGGAAUGGUAUGAUCCUGUUUGUCAUCAUCACUGAACCAAGCCUCCAUGAGCCCAUGUACUAUUUCCUCUCCAUGCUCUCUUCCACUGACUUGGGAUUGUGCACAUCCACUCUGUUUACUGUGUUGGGAAUAUUCUGGUUCAAUGCCAGAGAGAUCAGUUUUAAUGCCUGCCUGACUCAGAUGUUCUUUAUUCAUCUCUUCACUUUCAUGGAAUCCUCGGUACUAUUGGCUAUGGCCUUUGAUCGAUUUGUGGCCAUUUCUAACCCACUGAGAUACGCCACUAUCCUCACACACUCAAGAAUAACACAAAUUGGAGUGGCAAUUGUUACCAGAGGCACAGUCAUCCUGAUACCUCUUGUCCUGCUUCUUAAACGGCUCUCUUUUUGCCACAGUCAUGUGCUUCGCCAUUCUUACUGUUUUCAUCCUGAUGUUAUGAAACUCUCAUGUUCAGACACAAAAGUCAAUAGUGCAUUUGGGUUAACUGCAAUAAUUUCUAGUGCUGGUGUAGACUCCAUCUUCAUCCUCCUCUCCUAUAUACUGAUCAUCCGUUCUAUCCUUAGCAUUGCAUCCCCAGAGGAACGCAAGAAAGCCUUUAGCACUUGCAUCUCCCAUAUAGCUGCUGUAGCCAUCUUCUAUAUUCCUCUAAUCAGCCUAUCCUUUGUCCAUAGGUUUGGGAAACAAGCUCCUCCCUAUGUACCCACUCUCAUUGCCAAUAUCUACCUGCUCAUUCCUCCUGUAAUGAACCCCAUCAUUUACAGUGUGAAGACCAAACAAAUACGUAAAGCUGUGCUCAAAGUCCUUCACCCCAAGGGAGUCCUGAUCUGA